GUAUUGAGGAGACGAGGGCGGGGUUUUCCCUCCAAGAUGAGGCAAACUAAAAUAAAAUUGGCUUCUUUCAGCCGGCGCAUGUAGCCUACCGUAAACUCUACGGACAAACACACACACACACACACACACAAGCCUGAACAGAGAGGGAGGGAGAAGAAAGGAUGGUGAUGAGGAGGUGGUCUGAGGAGCGGCUCUUCUCUCUUAGUGUUAUCUUACCUCCCCUGUGAAGCUGGGAAGCUUUUGAUCCUGUUUGUUUAAGCCGCAGCUGCUGUCAGUGUGUGUUUUCUCUCUGCAUUUUGAAUAUUCCUGUUUGCUGACCGGUCUGUGUGCUGUAACAUCCACCAUCAUCUGCAGCCAUGUCGGACUCCGAGGACAUGACGGAGUUCGCCAGUAUCGUGGAGAGGAUCGAGCGGGGCGAGGUCCCAAUCAAGAACAUCGAGAGGGAGCUGAUCUGCCCGAUCUGUAAGGAGCUCUUCACCCACCCGUUGAUCCUGCCCUGCCAGCACAGCGUCUGCCACAAGUGUGUCAGAGAGCUGCUGAUGCUGAACCAUGAGGACUCUUUUGAUGCUGGCUCCGAGUGCUCCCUGCCGGGCAGCCCCAGGUCCAGGGUGCCCUCCCCUUCCAUGGAGAGGCUAGACAGGCUUGUGAGAUCAGGUGGGUCUCGGGCCACAGUGCGAAGGUCGUUUGGAGGUCGAGGUAGACGUGGCCUCCGUGUUUUGAGUAGCUGUAGUAGCUCCAUCUCGUCCCCGGGAUGGCGCAGAGGUUCUGUGACUCCUCGGGUCACCACCAUCCCAUGCCCGGGCUGCCAGCAUGACAUCGACCUUGGUGAGCGCGGCAUCAGCAUGUUGUUCCGUAACUUCACCCUGGAGAACAUUGUUGAGCGCUACCGCCAAGCCGCCCGCGCAGCCGUCGCGAUCAUGUGUAACAUCUGUAAGCCUCCACAGCAGCAGGAGGCUACAAAGAGCUGUAUGGACUGCAAGGCUAGCUACUGUAACGAGUGCUUCAAGCUGCACCACCCCUGGGGCACCCCCAAAGCUCAGCAUGAGUACGUCGGUCCCACCACAAAUUUUAGGCCCAAGGUGCUCAUGUGUCCAGAGCACGAGAUGGAGAAGGUGAACAUGUACUGUGAGGUCUGCCGACGACCCGUAUGUCACCUCUGCAAGCUGGGAGGUUCCCACGCCAACCACAAAGUCACCUCGAUGAGCAGUGCUUACAAGAUCCUCAAGGAGAAGCUGGCCAAGAGUAUCCAUUACCUCAUCAGCAAAGAGGACCAAGUCAGGACUCAGAUUACUGAUCUUGACCUGCUCAUCAAUCAGACUGAGGAAAAUGGCCAGCUAGCAGAGCGUCAAGCCAAUGAGCACUUUGAGCGUCUGUUUGAGACUCUGCAGGAGAGGAAGUCCGAGAUGCUAAGGUCCAUCGAACAGUCUAGAAACCGACGCCUGGACCAACUUAAGGCUCAGGUGGAGGAGUACCAGGGCAUGCUGGAGAACAGUGGUCUAGUGGGCUAUGCUCAGGAGGUGCUGAAAGAGACGGAUCAGUCCUGCUUUGUACAGACUGCAAAGCAGCUACACAUCAGAAUCCAGAAGGCCACAGAGUCUCUGAGGACCUUCCACCCUGCAUCUGACCCCUGCUUUGAUGAGUUUGUGCUGAACACAUCUAGAGAAGAAACUCUGCUCAAAGAGAUGUGCUUUGGUGGAGUUCCCGACCCUCCUCUGAUUGACUUGUCCAAUAGCAGGGUCUAUAACGAGGCCUCAAUCUGCUGGAGGCUGUCUGAUGACCACCUACCUACAGAUCACCACGUGCUUGAAUACCGCCGACUCGGCGGCCCGGGCCAAUCCCCAUCGCAGGAGGACGGUGAGGACAGUGGGGUCUGGAGGGCUACAGACAGGGUUUAUGGUCCCAGCACUGUGGUGUGUGACCUGGAACCGGACAGCCUGUACUCGUUCAGGGUCCGAAGCUGCAGGAACUCUAUGUUCAGCCCCCACAGCCCUGAGGUCACCUUCCACACACCACCUGCACCUGCUUUUGGUUUCUUGUUCAGCGACAAGUGUGGCUUCAGUACGGAGCGGCUCAUUCUAAACAAGCGACGGGACACUGUGGAGAGCGUAGCAAGCAUGGCCUUCCUCCUUGCAGCAGAACGUGUGCAGACGGGCAGUUACAUCGGACUAGACUACAUCAUUGGAGAUAUGGGCAUCUCCCAGGGAAGACACUAUUGGGCCUUCAAGGUGGAGCCGUACUCCUACAUGGUUAAAGUUGGAGUGGCCUCUGACUCAAAGCUGCUUGAAUGGUUUCACAAUCCAAGAGAUACCAGCAGCCCAAGGUACGACCAUGACAGUGGACAUGACAGCGGCAGUGAAGAUGCAUGCUAUGAGCUCUCCCAGCCCUUCACCCUCCUCACCCUGGGCAUGGGCAAACUCUUCAUCCCCAAGACUUCUUCAUCCUCCUCUGCCUCCACAGCAAACGCAUCCUCCGGUGACCCUGGCAACCGUGUGCUACCCAUGCCACAGCGCUUGGGUGUAUGUCUAGAUUACGACGAGUGCCGGGUGUAUUUUUACGAUGCCGACACCAUGAGGUGCCUUUAUGAGAGGCAGGUGGAUUGUUCUGGAACAAUGUAUCCAGCUUUCGGGCUCAUGGGCAGCGGCAAGGUUCAACUGGAAGAGUUCAUCACGGCUAAGAGACUGACCUUCUGAGGAGGGAUGGAGCAUGUUGAUGCAUUUAGACCUGCAUCUGUUUAAUCGUUGGCAUGUUCUUGGAAGUUUCAUUGACAGGGUGAUGGGAGUACAAUCCAAAUGUUUUUUUUUUCUGAAGGUCAGAUGAGGCAGAUGUGAUUAGGGCCUUUGGUUCUUAAUGUGAAAAUAGGAUUUGUGCCAGAGACUGGCCUAUUUAGAGUUGGCGUGUAUAAUGUAUGAUUCAUACACAAGAGUAUGAUGCUGAAUAUUAGUGUCCACAUACAAAUGUCUUCAGAGGUUGGUACAUGGUAUGUGAAAGUUCUUCUCUACAUACCAAAGGCUCUGUAGCUGUUAAUUGUAUUUGACGUGGUUUUAAUUGCCAGCUACGAUUAGCUGUUAUUGUAUCAGAAUUGCCUGCAAAGUUAGUCUGCAACUACUUUAAAUCUUUGUUUUAAAAUGAAACGCCUUUGAUCUUACACUGACCCUUUCUGUGUCAAGUAGGUUUAUAGAUUAUUUUGUGUGUAUUAAUUAUUGGGUGAUCUUUUUUUCCUUGGCUCUUUUCUUUAACUAUUUGUCUAAAUGUAGCAGCAUAGGUAAGAUGUUAUCUUUGUGGACCUGAAAGCCUUGUAGCUACUAUGAAGCUAGCGCCUUUGUGCCUUUUUGUUGUAUUUUUAGGAAAUGGGUCCCUUAGUUUGCUCUAGCAAGCAGAUGUUGGUGUCAUUGCACAAGCAUUAUGGAAAUACUUAAAUACUGUAUGAGUUUUUACUGUAGGUAGUUUGAUCACAGACACUGGUGUCAAAGUUAUAACAGUUAAUGGUAUUUAUUCUACGCAUUUACUCUUGACUUCAUCACAGAAAACACUACUUUUCCUUGUCACAGUUAUGUUCAGCUGUUUUUGCACAAUAUGAUGAAUGAAACUUCGCACAUGAUAACAAUCAUCACAUUUCAAUCACUACCUAGUUUAGCUUCUUCACUUUAAAUGUUGUAGACAAAACUGGCACAUUGAUGUCUCAGUGACUGUAACAUUCACACAAGCGUUGACCUUUCCUUACUAACAAAAGGUAAUCCUGGAGAAGUUACUUGGAUUUUAAAGCCUCUCCCUGUUUGCACUGCACUGCAUGUGACUCUAUAACACCAUAAAACCAGCCAGGUACCAGAACACUGUACUUGUGGUCAAUGUCAGUUUGACAGCUGCAAAGUCACAAAUAGCCAAACCGUGUUUGUCCUGGUGCUGACUUAAGUGCAACACACCACUCUGUGGCCUAGCAGCCUUUAAACACAGUUUAAAACGGCUAUUCAGGUUCUUCACAAGAAGUGCUAUCACAAAACACACUGUUCAGUACCUUUUUACUAUUUAAACCACUGUUGACUUGCAGUGCAGACACUUGUAAGUGUAGCAUAUUAGUAUGUCACCGGUGAGUUGGCUAUCAGACGGAUCACCUAAAUGGUUGAUUUGGCUUUGAUUAAAUCAGCUCAGUUAUCCAAGUCUAAGAGAGCACACUACACAGACUGUUUGUUUUUGUUUGCUGGGCAACCACACUCGGUUUUUGUAUAGACGUAUACUGUAUAUGUGCCUGCACAUGGGUUUGUUUGUACAUUCAGGUUUAUUUUGAUUUCUGGAGGGUUAGGGUAAUCAGUGUGAGUGUGUGUUUUCUCAGGUGUCUGGCCCUGAUUGGGACCCAAUGCUACCUACCUCUAUCUGUCAGGCCUGGAAAACCUUAACUACUGUACCUUUCCUCACAGAAACACGUUUGGUUUGAUUUGCAGCUUUGUAACAGUCUGUUCGAUAUCUCCGCCUUCUCUUUAACGUCAGAUAAUGAGAUGAUAUUGCUACAAUUUUUGGAUUUAACUUCCAUGUACAUAUUAAUCCAGAGUAUAUUAUUUUCAGUGAAAAAAAAACAAAACGACAUCUUAAAUGUGUAUUAGCUGGUGUUUGCUUGUGCACUUGAAAGAGUAUCACUAUUGGUGGAAAUUACUGUAAGCAGAUGCUACCCUGUUCAGCUGCCUUUGUCAAGGGAGUGGUUUUCAAAUGGUACUAACAACCUUUACUUCCUCCUUUUUGUGGUGUUGGUUUGAGUAGUCAGUUUAAAUGUUUUGGUUAUAUGAUUAUAUGAGGGUUUUUGUUUUUGGUUAGAACACUUAAGUUCAUGAUCUUACAUACAAUGAAAUAUUGGAUUUCUGUGAUUGUGCAUAUGUCUCACAGGUGUUUCUGUCAAUUAUUUCCACUCCAAUUUUCCGAGGUCAGACCUGAACCUUGAUUCCUGUAUUUUAAAACUGACUGUUUAAUCAUCUUUAAAACACGUCUAUGCAUUUAUGAAUUUGCAGGACAGGUUUACGGUUUUAUUUUCAUCACAGAAUGUAUUCAUGUUAAUUACAGAACAGACAGCUGAAUGUUCUUUUUUUUUUGGGGGGGGGGGUUCUUUUCAUUUGUUUCACUCUGGGUCACAGCACAGUUUUAUGUAGUUAUAGAGAACUGAUAAAAGGCGUGUAAUCUCAACCUCUCAUCUGAUUCUAAAUUUAAAUGCAUGCUAGCCUGCUUUUCAGUAAUGCAUUUAGAACCAAAUAUUUAGCAGGCUGGCUCUCAAUUUAAUUCCAAGCUAGCACUUUAAAAAUCUGUAAGAUAUCAGCAGCUGUUUGGCUCUGCAGGUGUGUAUAAUAAGUGUGUGUGUGCAAUAUUAUUAAACAGGCUGUAGGAAACAGUGUAGACAGACAUAAGCCUAUAAAGACAAUUUGCACUGUUAUAGUUUACUUUGUGGUUUAAAUGGGCUUUUCCAUGAUACAAAACACUACUUGACUUGUAAUUGUGUUUUUUUUUU